AUGGACGGCGGCGGCGCCGCCGAGACGGUCGAGCAGAUGCAGGCCCGGCACCGCAAGGAGGCCAAGGACCUGCAGGGGCGGGUGACGAGCAAGAAGAAGAACGCGACCAAGAAGACCCGCAAGGGGGUCAACGACGAGUGCGCCGAGAUGGAGAGGCAGAUGAAGCAGAGGCAGGCGGAGGAGCUGGAGGGCCUGGCUGGCGGAGGGAAAGACGGCGGCGACACACAAGAAGACGACGACGACGUGCAGGGGCAGGACGGACGAGGAGAUACGACACAGGGAGAGCUGGCUGCCAAGAUGCGGGCCAUGGGCGUGAACGAACUCGCUGCGAAACCGCCUCAGCAACCGUCGAAACCACCAGACGAAGGCAGCGACGGGGCAGCAGUAGGAGGUGGUGGAGCAGGGCCAGGCAAGAAGCGCAACCGGCAGAAGGAGCGCCUCGCGCGGCGCGCCGCAGAGCAGGAAGCAGCGGCCGAGGCGGCGGAGCAGGAGGCGGCGGGGAUGACGGACCACCGGGGCCAGGAGCGCGAGCGCAUGGAGGCCGAGUUCUCGCGGCACGGGCUGGAGGAGCACGAGAUCCGGCCGGACGGGCACUGCCUGUUCUCUGCGGUGGCGGACCAGCUUGGUCAGGCUGGGGUGCCUCUGAUGCCUUCUGGGGCGGACGGGGAGGCAGGAGAUGGGAAGGAGCCUGGGUACAAGACUGUGCGGCGGGCUGCGGCUGGGUAUAUCGAGGCGCGGGGGGACGAGUUUGCUGGAUUCCUGGAGGAAGACCUGGGUUCGUAUGUGCGCAAAAUUAGGGAUACUGCUGAGUGGGGCGGGCAGCUUGAGUUGCUUGCGCUGGCGAGUGUGUACGGGGUUGAGGUGUGUGUUGUGCAGGAUGGACGGACCGAGGUCAUUCAACCGAGUGGUGGUGGGGAGCAGGGUGGCGAGGACAGGAAGAAGGUAUGGCUUGCAUACUACCGGCAUGGGUAUGGGCUGGGAGAGCACUACAACUCGCUGAGGAAGAAGGCAUAG